AGGUGGGUGUUUGGUCAGAAGAAUCAGAUGAACCAGCUAUUCUUCAGCGGUUCACGCAAAAUGUGGCGCGCAUUGCUACCAUACCACUCCUGUUCACUUGCUUUUCUUCUUCCCCUUUUUCCUUCGCCUACUCUCUUCCCUGCCCUUUCAUGGCGACUUAAAGCCAUUAUCAAUCUGAAGAAUUCAACUCAAAUCAAAAUCAAAUAGCUAUGGCUCGGAAAUCCUUUCCGAUCCUAAAACAACUCAUCCAACAAUCGACCAAUCGUUGUUUCACCUCUAGCGCUUCGCCGCGAGCCGUCACGCUGAUCCCAGGCGAUGGCGUCGGUCCACUGGUAACCGAUUCAGUCGAACAAGUGAUGCAGGCGAUGAAGGCACCUGUUUACUUUGAGCGAUACGAAGUGCGUGGUGAUAUGAAGUGUAUACCGAAGGAAGUAAUUGAUUCGAUUAAGAAGAAUAAGGUUUGUCUGAAAGGAGGGUUAAAGACUCCGGUUGGCGGAGGUGUUAGUUCGCUAAAUGUGCAAAUGAGGAAAGAGCUUGAUUUGUACGCUUCCAUUGUGCAUUGUUUUACUCUGCCAGGGUUGCCUACGCGGCAUGAGGAUGUGGAUAUUGUUGUGAUUAGGGAGAACACUGAGGGAGAGUAUGCUGGCCUUGAGCACGAGGUUGUUCCUGGUGUCGUUGAGAGCCUUAAGGUGAUAACAAAAUAUUGCUCAGAACGAAUAGCAAAAUUUGCGUUUGAGUAUGCUGAUGUGAACAAAAGAAAGAAGGUCACAGCUGUGCACAAAGCCAACAUUAUGAAACUUGCAGAUGGUCUAUUCUUAGAAUCCUGUAGGGAAAUUGCAGCUAAAUAUCCAGAAAUACAGUAUGAGGAGAUUAUUGUGGAUAAUUGCUGCAUGCAACUUGUCUCAAGGCCGGAGCAAUUUGAUGUCAUGGUGACUCCCAACCUCUAUGGAAAUUUGAUUGCAAAUACGGCUGCUGGCAUAGCUGGUGGCACAGGAGUCAUGCCAGGAGGUAAUGUUGGCGCCGAUCAAGCAGUUUUUGAGCAAGGUGCUUCAGCUGGGAAUGUCGGCAACGAAAAGAUAUUGAAGCUUAAGAAAGCAAAUCCAGUGGCACUUCUUCUGUCGUCAGCAAUGAUGCUGAGACAUCUUGAAUUUCCGUCAUUUGCUGAUCGUUUAGAAACUGCUGUAAGACAUGUAAUAGAAGAGGGAAAAUUCAGGACAAAGGAUGUUGGAGGGGAUAGCACCACCCAAGAAGUUGUUGAUGCAAUUAUAGCUGCUUUAGACUAAUCAGCAAUGACACUCGUCAAGUUUUUAGGAGAAUUAUUCACUGUCCAGAGAUCUACUUGGCCUAUUUUUUGCACAGCUGCAAUUUUGUUUUAACUUUUGCUGCUACAAUUCUAAUUAUCUUUGUCAUUGGUUAAUAAUUCAAAAUGGAUGCAUGACUGCUGUCCGUGCCCUGUGCAUAAGAACCUGUAAAAGAUCACUUUUUGCUUUGUCCAUAUUACUUGAAGGAAUUUUGCUUCGUGGUGAUAUAUUGUGACCUAUUUUUUUGUGUUUAA